CCCGCCGUCUCUCCCAGCCUCCCUGUCGCAGUCCGUUUUAUUAACCGUCCGUGACUGUCAUCCGUCAUCCCUCCAAAUAACCAGCUUCGAGCUAUCAAUCCGAUAAUUUCUAUCUCAAGACCAAACGAAAUUCGACAUUCGAGACACGUUCGUUCCCAUGGCUCCUCCUCCGUCGUCGAACUUGCCUCUGGCUGAGAGGCUGAAGACCCUGGCUCAGACUCUACAGUUCGGUUGGUUUGUUGGCCACCUGACCCUGCUGCUUUCCGUCGCCCGGUACUUCCUGUCUUACUUCACCUUCAACUACUCUUCCUCCGCUGCACAGGUCUCCUAUCGUUUCGCGUUCAUCUCGGCUGCGGCAACAUAUGGAAUUGUGGUCUACAAGGGACACAUCGCACGUGGUCGUUUGCAGGGCACUCCUCCCAGCAUUGCCUUGAAGCUCAUCACCGAUGAAAAUGUCCAGUACCUUGGUAUGGCCUUGUUGUGGCUGUACUCGCGCCAGGUUCCCUUGGCCCUCCUGCCGUUCAGCGUCUACUCCAUCUUCCACGUUGCGACCUACUCUCGCUCCUACCUGAUCCCCACCAUUCAGCCUCCCGCGCCCGCUGGCUCGAACGGUCCCAAGCAGCCUCCUCUGGCGGAGACGAUCGGCCGAUUCAUCAAGCAAUACUACGACGCCAGCAUGGGUCUCGUCGCUGGAUUGGAAAUGGCUCUCUUGAUCCGUCUGACCCUCGCGAUCCUCACCUUCUCCAAGGGAAACUUCCUCCUCUGGGCGAUCUACUUGUCCUUCUUCCGUGCGCGGUAUGCUCAGAGUGCCUUCGUUCAGCAGGCUGUUCGUCACAUUGUGGCGCGUGUGGACUCGUCGGUUUCUCACCAGACCACUCCUCCCGCUGUGCGUCAGGGAUGGGAGACGUUCAAGGGUCUUGUUCGCCAGGGUUACCAGGCCACUGAUCUCAACCGUGCCGCCGCAGGUGCGAAGAAGCCUCAGUGAAUGCAGCCAAAUGAGAACCGCGCAUUGGGUGAAUGUCAUAGGGUGAAUUCAGCACAAACGUCCAUUCUCAUAGGCAUCGGCAGUUGUCGCUGUCUUACGAAAGUAUAAUGAACCUCAAAAAGCUAAACGAUGCGGGACGGGCCAUUCAGGCGAUCGUAUAGAAGAGUGAAAAAAGGUGUGUGGCUGUCGGCAGCGGGCGUGAAGAUUCAUGUGCAAUGACAUGGCAUGCGAUUAUUCUUUGGAUUCGUUUCACUGUGUUUUGUUGCUUUCCGGCGAGUCCCUCUAUUGUUAUUACUGUUGCCGUUCAAAUUGAAUUUGCAGUUAAGCCUCAUGAGGUAUGACGUCGGAAGACGGGCGACUGCUAUUUAUAUCCUGCUCUUAAUAUAUGUACUUUGAUUCUCGGCCAACUCACUUGAUUGCUUUCUGAUAAGAAUAAAAUGAGAUUGCGGACAA